AAAGUUGAAACAUUUUCGUUUGGAAAAUUCUCAUUUCCUAUGUUCUAUCGCUACGAAGAACUAGAGACAGGACACACAACAUUUUGACUUUGCUUCACGGAGAAAUUCAAAUAUGGCGGAUACGUGAAAAAAGCUUGACGUGUGCUAAUGGACAAUUUGUUUCUAUCGGGGUGGUGCAAAUCGGAAUCGUUUCAGUGCAAUUUCUUCAUUUUGUUUAAUUGUAGAACAGCCAGUGUGUAGUGUGUUUUCCGAGCGCAAAAUGUUGAAUUGAACCAUUUUAUCGGGUAAUUUUUUUCCGAUUUAUUGCACAUGAUUCUGUGUCCGUACGAAAAGCUUUUGUUCGGUUCCGUAGAAAGUGUUUGUGGUAUUGUACGAUUGUGAUGUCGAUAAAUUUACAAAGAGUGCCGAUCACCGAAGAAUCAUCUGAAAGUGAAAAUGAAGUGGAACCGGCUAGAAUAUUUCACCGUCGAUUGUCUACAAAGAAUAUCAACAAUUUGGCUACAACCAAAGAGGGAUAUUUGCUGAAACAGACAUGGUCAUUCCAAAGAUGGCGACGUCGUUAUUUUAGGUUAAAGGGCCAUAGACUUUAUUAUGCCAAAGAUGCAAAGCGUGAAGUAUUUGAUGAGAUUGAUUUGUCGAACCUAUGCUUUGCCGAGUGUAGUACCAAAAACGUAAAUCAUAGCUUUCAGAUAAUUACACCUACGCGCUCAUUAGUGCUUUGUGCUGAAUCAAGACGUGAAAUGGAAGAUUGGCUAGCUGCAAUGAAAGCUGCGUCGACCAGAGAAUUUUUUGAACCUGGACCACUCGAUCAGCAUGAUUUUCUCGCUAACCAUCAUCACUGGUAUGCAACAUCACAUGCCCGCCCAACCUACUGCAACGUUUGUCGCGAUGCACUGUCCGGUGUUACGUCACAUGGCCUCUCAUGUGAAGUGUGUAAAUGUAAAGUGCAUAAACGAUGCGCAGCCAAAGCGAUUCCAAAUUGCAAAUGGACCACACUGGCAACGGUUGGCAAAGAUAUUAUUGAAGAUGAUGAUGGGAACAUUAUCAUGCCACAUCAAUGGAUGGAAGGAAAUUUACCGGUUUCGUCGACGUGUGCCAUUUGUAAAAAGACAUGUGGAUCGGUGUUACGUCUACAAGAUUGGAGAUGCUUGUGGUGCCGUACCACAGUGCACACCGCAUGUCGUCCGCAAAUCAAAGUCCUAAAAUGCCCACUCGGAUCGGCACAUGUGUCCGUCAUACCACCAACUUCUGUACAUUCCAUUGGCGUCGACGAAGCAUGGGACAUUGUGAAACCACACGGCAGCUAUUCGCCACUAUUGGUUUUCGUUAAUUCUAAGUCGGGUGACAAUCAGGGGGUUAAAUUUUUAAGACGUUUUAAGCAAUUACUGAAUCCAGCUCAAGUAUUCGAUUUGGUAUCGGCUGGUCCCGGUUUAGGUUUAAGAUUAUUUCGACAUUUCGAUCCAUUUCGAAUACUGGUCUGUUCGGGCGACGGAUCGGUUGGAUGGGUGCUCAGCGAAAUUGAUCGACUGGAUAUGAACAAGCAAUGCCAACUGGCUGUGCUGCCAUUGGGCACCGGUAACGAUUUGGCCAGAGUGUUGGGUUGGGGUUCGUCUUGUGACGACGAUGCACAUUUACCGCAAAUACUCGAACGAUAUGAAUCGGCCAGCACGAAAAUGCUGGACCGCUGGAGUAUUAUGGUCUUCGAGAAGGCGAUCGCAUUGAAAACGCCGAAAAUGUCGAUGUCACACGGUUCCGAACUGAUGCUCAAAGAGUUUGAGGAAUUAAUCAAUUUGCAGUUGCAGUCAAUCAUCGAAACGGAAGACUUUGACAUUGUGAUAAGUUCAACGAAAAUGUUGUGUGAGUCGGUCAAUGAUUUUCUGGCGAGAAUAGUCGACCAUUGCGGUGAUGAGGAGCAGUUGAAUGUAAAAUGUGAUAUAUUAAGACAAAAAUUAGAUAUGCUUCUAGAAACGCUUAAAGAAGAAAAUAAUGGAGCGUUGGCUGGUGACGAACUCAUGAAAACAUUAAACGAAAUCGCUCGAAAAAGCGCCAGCGAACGUCCAUUGGAUUCGGUAACAAAUAACCUAAAAUCGUCAAUUGACAAGACUGAAAAAGAUGAGCUCAAUACGAAAGAACGGCGUAGCAGUCGUGUCAUUCCAUUUUCCGAAAAGGAAGCACUCCAAUGCCGAGCGAACAGCCUGAAACGAGCCGUACGCAAUGUCAUUCAACAUUCCGAAAUGCUUAAACCUUCCGAUAAACGAUACUCAAUGCAAGUGGACAAUCUAUGCGUAUUCACAUCAUCGUCAUCCGAAACAUCGCCGUGGACGUCACCCGUGCCACCCAUCAACAUUAUCUCACCGUCAGUUUCGACCAACCAUCUAACAUGCAUAUCUCCGUUGGAUCUCCGUCGCGAUUCAAUGGACGAAUACUUUUUUAACGAUCUCAGUCUGCCCGUACCGCGACAAUUUGCGGACGGCAGCAGCCGACGAAGCUCGGAAGUGAUUAAAGAAGAAUCGGUAGAUGGAACUGAGUCAAUAGCGGGCGCGAGCAACGUUUUUCCAUUUUGCAAAGAUAACAAAAAGUCUGAAUCAAAAGCAACCAACAAUAUCAACGUAGACUACGAUAGUACAGUUAGUUUAUGUCGUUUAGAAUAUGUAAAAUACUCGGCAACCGAACAACGAGAGGAUGGUUUUGGUUUCAUUCCAUUCGAAGUAUACGAACGAAAUAUGUUGAGAAAUCAACAAACAAUCAGCGAACAAGCGACCGCCACCGCACCGUCGUCAUCGAAGUCAACUGCAUCGAAUAAUAUGCUUCAGGUGCCGCAGGUCGCUCUUCCAUCAGUAGAAAUAGAAAGACCUCCGCCGAAACAUGAAAAUGUUUACGUCAGCGAAAGCAUUACGCUUAUUGACACCGAUCCUCCAGAAAAAUCUUCUUCGGACGAAAUUCCCGGGGAAGCCAGUGAUGUAUUAUCAGCAAUUAGCAAUGAAGAGUGCAGUGUUAAUUCAGAAAUAUUGGACAAACAAUUAGAUUCUCUAUCCCAGAUACAUGUAGCAGACAUAAUUCAGGAUCUGUCAAACGAUCGUUUAGGUCAUAUAGAUUCACCGGAAACCAGUGAUACCACAGAGGCCUUACAUGACGAAAGCCUAUUAGAUGACAUGAGUUCCGUAUUGGGACACGACAUGUUUGGAGCAUUGCAGGACAACACAAUCACCGACGACACAACCACAUUAUGCACGGACAAGCCGCGUAAGCGUUCGCUAAAAAAGAAACCGGUACCGCGAAUGGACAGCGAAGAGUCAGAGAAUCCGUUGCAGUUCGGCUUCGAGAAUAUCGUUUUCGAAAUCGACAAUCGAUGCGACGAUCAGAAGGCGAGCGAACCGAUCAAAUUGUGUAGUCUGGCCCAGUUUGUGGAAGGGUUCGACAUAGCCAGGAAAAGUGUGAAGAGACCCAAUCGAAAUAAAAGUGCCUCAACGAAAAAUACUCGUCAUGUGAACGACAGUGAACGUCAUUUAGACACAAUUCAAAUACAGAUACAGGGAUCCAGCAUUGACUUAUCAGAUGUUGAAACUAUAGGAAACAUGGCAGCAGCAACUACUACGACAACAACUGAUGUGAGACACAUCAGCUUCGAUGAUUCCUGCAAAAAGGAUGAUGGCGACGAGAAACACUACACGAAGGUUAGUGUUUUCGUUGAGCCACCUUCGCCCGAAAUAAAGAAUGACCUUCGCAUACAACGCAUCAACGAGCUACGACGACACUCCAGCCAUUCACCCAGUUUAACUGUCAAGGAAUAUGACAAGGAAAAGGAUCGUCGACAUUCCGGUUUCAAUCCAAAUCUGUUGGGAUUGGACUCGGAACAUAUGCGAUUUCUCAAUUGCUCACCGGCGGCAACGAGACGAAUCAGUUGUGGCAGUUUGUUUAAGCCGAAUGAAACAUCGCAUUUGGGUGGAUCGAAAUCGAGUCUUUUUGCCGGCUCCAGUUUGGCCUUCAACUUCGACAGGAUGGAGAAACUAUCAAAAGAUGACGCUGAUAAGGAAAAGUCUGAGAAGAAUAAGAAGCUUCCAAUCAUCAAUCCUAUGGUACAACUACCUUCGUGGCCGAAUGUCACUAGUGGGACUGGUUUCAUUUCGAAAUGUCUUCUGGCCAAUGCUGAUACACUUUGUGCUGCAGUCAGUCCAUUGAUGGAUCCGGAUGAGACGCUAACCGAAGGAUAUUACGAGAAGUGUGUGAUGAACAACUAUUUCGGCAUCGGCAUCGAUGCGAAGAUUUCGUUAGAUUUUCACAACAAACGUGAAGAGCAUCCCGAGAAGUGUCGGUCUCGCGCUAAGAAUUAUAUGUGGUACGGAGUGUUGGGCUCGAAACAGUGGCUACAGAAAACGUACAAGAAUUUGGAACAGCGCGUACAAUUAGAGUGUGACGGUCAACGGAUUCCACUGCCAUCGUUGCAGGGAAUUGUUGUGCUCAAUAUACCCAGCUUCAUGGGAGGAACGAAUUUCUGGGGCAGUACCAAAAAGGACGAUUUCUUCUUGCCGCCGAGUUUUGACGACCGGAUACUGGAAGUUGUUGCGGUAUUUGGAUCGGUACAGAUGGCAGCAUCGAGAAUUAUCAAUUUGCAGCAUCAUCGGAUCGCUCAGUGUCAGAGCGUUCAAAUCAAUAUUUUGGGCGAUGAAGGUGUUCCGAUCCAAGUGGACGGUGAAGCAUGGGUACAACCACCGGGAAUGAUCCGAAUAAUACACAAAAAUCGGGUGCAAAUGCUGUGCCGUAACAGAAGUCUGGAAAUUUCGCUGAAGACAUGGCAGGAGAAACAGCGCCAGCACAGCAUUUCUAUUGCACGCGAACAAACAUCAAAUGUAUCGGAGAGCGCUGUCAACAUGGAUGAAGGGGACCUGCUGUCGGAACGUGAAACUUAUUUGCUGCUGAAUUACAUCGAGUGUGUUAGCUCUCUGGUGAAAUGGGUCAAAUUUUUGAUCAUUUCGCAUCCGAGUUUGGAGCAUGAUCUGUAUGCCGUUGCCUGUCGAACAGCCGAUGCUUUGGAAGCAAUUCAUCCUCAUGGGAAAUUCGUCGAAGGACCGAAUUUGAGAACGCAAUUGGCUGAAGUAGCCACAUCUUCACGGCAAUUAUACGAAGAUUCGUGCGAUUUGCUGCGGGAACGGGGUAACCAUUUGAUACUCAGAGAAGAUUUAGAGUCGAAGUUGAGUGUGGCAUUGGCCAAUAUGGAAAUGGAGUUGAGAAAGUGUAACGUCCACACCUGUGAUGAUGGACGGACUCGAGCCUACUUGCAUCUGCUGGCGCCUAUCGAUGAACCGGAUUGCCGAAAGAAGUCGAAACCGUUCUGGAUGCGUUUCCGAGGUAAUUCAACCGCAGCAGUUGCGAAGUCCCAGUCAACAACGAAUUCACGGGAGGCGGUCUGCAGCUGGGGCACAAGCGAAGUGGUGACAUGGUUAGAAGCAAUGCAGCUGGGCGAAUAUAUGGACAGUUUUGUGAAGAAUGACAUUCGAGGUAAGGAACUGUUAGUGCUAGGACGACGGGAUCUGAAGGAUUUGGGUGUGACAAAAGUUGGCCAUGUUAAGCGAAUUUUACAAGCAAUUAAAGAUCUGGGCGGCAGUUAAGUCACAUGUACAUUUGUAAGGGAGAUGAGGAUACGAAGUCACAUUUUUUCAAUUAACUUGAUGUUUGUCUUCUUGGAUUUAAAAAAAAAGUUUUGUGUGUUUUUUGUGGUCAUUAGGCUAAGAACGUAAAAUUUAAGACAAAAAAAACCUUUUCAAUCUCGAAGUACUAGAUUAGAUUACUGAAUACCUAGGAAAUUUCCACUUAGCUGAGCGAUUUCAAAAGAAACAUUUUCGUCCAAACUUUUCGUUAAAACUCGAUAACGUUUGUAACGUCUGUAAUUAAGAGCAAUGAUUACCCAACGUCCCAAUCUGAUAUUUUUACAAGAUUUUAGUUAAAAUUGGAUUCUUAUCCGUUAACUGAAUAUAACGUCGGUUCUCUAUCAUAAGGUUUGUCGUUGAAAAUAUUUAGUGUAGGGUGUAAGGACCAUUUUUAUAGGAACGUAUGAAGAGCAUUCUAUAGAAGAGAGCCGCGUUGAGUUAUGCUAGUUUUUCUUUGUUUGAAGUAUUUACGGUCUUUGUUAAUCAAUAAGGAACACAUUUAAGACCUCAUUGCUCUUAACGGCUAGUUUGGAAGAACUGUAAUGAAAUUGGGGUCACUUUCUGGCAUGUGAUAUUUGUGGAAAAACAUUUGCCCAUAUUUUCCAACCCUUUCCCGCAGAGCCUGUCAUCGUGAAAACGAUUUCGUGGAAUUUUUCAAUUUUCAAAAAAAAUAACGAAAAUCGUGAAAUAUUGAGAAAAUUCAUGAAAACAU